AUGCCGUACGCGAUGCUCUUCGUGGUGGGCGGCUGGAGCGACGGCAACGAGCGGGACGCCUGCGAGGCGUACGAUCCCCGGGCCGGGAGGUGGCUCAUGAAGCACAUGCAGGGAUUCGGGCCCAGGGCGUACCACGGCGUGGCGCUUCUGCGCAAUCGGCUGUACGUGGUCGGGGGCAUGCAGGACAGCGCCUACCUGCGCUCCUGCGACUGCUUCGACAUCGAGCGCUGCACGUGGGAGGCCCGUUCGAGCCUGAACAUCGCUCGGGGCUACGUCUCCGCCGUGGCCCUGGACGGCUACGUGUACGCCGUCGGAGGGCGCAACGCCAGCGAACGCACAGCCUCCGUGGAGCGCUACAGCCCGCGCUCCAACCAGUGGACCCUGGUGUCCGCCAUGAAGAGAAGACGCAGCGAUGGCGCCGCUUGCGCCUUCAAAGGCAAGUUACGACAGCGCUGCAGAACAUCUGUUCAAUGCUUAAAGUUGUACGUCGACUCCCAUGCCCUCUUCGCAGGCAAGAUAUACGUGAGCGGCGGCUUCAACGGCCAGAAGGUGCUGACGAGCGUGGAAGAGUACACGCCGAGCCGCAACAUGUGGUGCCUAGUGCGGCAGCUGCCCAGUCCACGCUGCAGCCACCAGAUGGCGGUGCUCGGCGGGCGCAUCUACGUCAUCGGCGGAUACGAUGGCCGCCGACGGCUAAGCUCAGUGUUGGCCAGCAGAGAGGGCGAGGGGCCGCUGUGGUGGCGCUCCGUGACCCCCAUGAGGAUAGGCCGGAGCACCUUCGCCGUGGCGCUAUUCGAUGACGAGCUGUACGCCAUCGGCGGUUUCGACGGUGAGUGCCUCUGACGGGUCGAAAACCACAGGAGUGGUUUCGAGAAGCGUACCGACAAACCA